UUUCAAGAUGGCGACUUUUAUUUGGUAGUCGGAUUUAAAGCUGUUUUCUUUUUCACAACUUAUUUGAUUGUUAAUCAAAGAAACACGAUCUUGAUAGACUUGGGAUCAUCUGGGACUUCAGGAUGGAGUCGAGCUCUGGAGAAAAGAGCUUCACAGAGACUGAGGAUGCGGCCAUCGAUAUGACCACUAAUGAAAAGGUCGUGGACCUUUUAAACCAGGCUGCUCUAAUGUCCACCGAUGAUAAAAUCACUGCACUUAAGCAGGUGCAAGAGUUGAUUAUUAAUAAGGAUCCUUCACUGCUUGACAAUUACCUGGAUGAGAUGCUAGCUUUUCAAAAUGAUAAAUCAAUUGAAGUGAGGAAAUUUGUAAUAGGCUUCAUUGAAGAAGCAUGUAAAAGAGACAAUGAACUAUUGCUGAAGCUGUUAGGAAAUUUAAACAUUAAAUUAAAGGACGAGAGCGUGAAUGUUGUAAAGAAGGCCAUCUUGACGUUCACUCAGCUUUACAAAGUGACACUGCAGUGGCUGUUGCGCACGAAGAGCAUCUCUUACGUACAGGAAGGAUGCUGGGACAUGGUGACCCAGAUGAAGGGGGAGGUUCUGGAUCUGCUCGACUCGGAUAAUGAUGGCGUUCGCACGCACGCUAUUAAAUUCACCGAGUCGCUUAUCAUCACGUUGUCACCCCGCACAUCUGACUCAGACAUUCCCAAGAAGCAGGAAGGGGACAUCAGCUUGGACAAAAUUCCAAAGGAUCACUCAUAUAUUCGCUACGACCGCCUGUGUGAAGAGGGAAAGUCGGCUCUUGAGCAGCUCCUGAAAUUCAUGGUUCACCCAGCCAUCACCAGCAUUAAUCUGACCACAGCUCUGGGCUCACUGGCAACACUAGCCCGACAGAGACCAAUGUUCAUGUCUGAAGUCAUACAAGCUUAUGAGACUUUACAUGCUAACCUGCCCCCGACGCUUGCCAAGUCUCAGGUAAGCAGCGUGCGCAAGAGCCUUAAGCUGCAUCUGGUGGCUGUGCUGCGGCACCCGAGCAGCGUGGACUUCCACGGCCAGAUCUCCACACUCCUUUUGGACCUGGGGAUGGCCCAGAGCGAGAUCGCCCGCUGCGUGCCCGCUGGGGCUCAAGUUCGCAAGAGACCACGGCACGAGCCUUACAGUGAGGGCAAGAGGAUUAAAAUGGAACCCAGUCUGAUGGAGGAUGAUGACGAUAAGGAGGAGCCAGCACCCAUCAUUGCGGCCAAGCCACUGGCCACCACGGGCACUCAGUCUGCUAUAGAUAUCACAGCUGAGUUCCUGCUGCCUCUGCUUACACCAGAGAACGUGGCCAACCUGGUACUCAUCAGCAUGGUUUACCUGCCGGACAACAUGCCGGCCUCCUUCCAAGCUACUUACACACCUGUGGAGUCGGCAGGCACAGAUUCCCAAAUCAAACAUCUGGCCAGACUCAUGGCCACACAGAUGACUGCCAGUGGACUUGGACCAGGUCUGGAGCAGAGCAAAGCCCGAGAUGAAGAAGGAAAGGAAGGAGAGGCCGAUGCUGCUGUGGCGGAGACCAGCUCUAAAGAUCCCAUCAUCAUCCGGAAAGUGUCUGCUGUGUCCCUCGGUCAGGCCAUCUCUGUAGUCGGGGCCUAUAAGAACGAAGCCGCAGAGGAGACGCCUCAGGCCAAGAAGCUUCCAGAACCCAUUCUGCCUUCGACACAGCCCAAAGCACCUGGCAGCAGUGGACGAAAGAAAGUCUUCCGAUUGGCUGACGUGGUCCAGCCCUUGUCCGAAUCCCAACUCGAAAAGCUAACCAGCACGGCCGUCAGGCGCAUCCUCCAUUCAGAGAAGGCCAUAGCAAGAAGCGGGAUGUCCCAUGUUCGUGUGAAGCUGUUAGCACGGUUGGUUACUCAAUUCGAGGGCACGAUGAAGGACGACAUGCUGCGUUUCAUCCUAGAGGAUAUCCGGAGCCGUAUCGAUCUCGCUUUCGCUCUUCUCUAUCAAGAGUACAACCAGUACCUGAGCCAACUGCCAUCAGGCUCGCUGGACAGCUAUGAUCACUGCUUGUUCAUGCUGCUCUCGGGCCUGCAGGAGCGGCCUGAACAGAGAGACGGGCUGUUUAAUAAGUUGGUGCUCGAGGCUCCUCUGGUCACAGAGUCGGCCCUGGAGGUGAUCCGGCGCUAUUGUGAGGACGAGUCUCGGGUUUACCUUGGCAUGCCCACUCUGAAAGAUCUCAUCCUGAAACGCCCUUCCAGACAGUUCCAGUACCUGCACGUUCUCCUGGAUCUCAGCUCUCAUGAGAAAGAAAAGGUGCGCUCGGCUGCUUUGAAUAUCAUCAAGUGGAUGUACGAGAAGGAUCACCUGCGCGACUACAUUGAAAAGUUCGCGCUGAACUACAUGCAGCUGCUUGUUCACCCGAACCCGCCUUCGCUACUGUUUGGAGUCGGAGAGGACACAGAGGUGGCCGCUCCUUGGACAGAAGAGACAGUGAGACAGUGUCUGUACCUCUACCUUUCUCUCCUUCCUCUCAACCACCGUCUGGUCCACGAGUUAGCCGCCGUCUACACAGAAGCCAUUGCUGACAUCAAGCGCAGCGUGCUCCGUGUCAUCGAGCAGCCUAUCAGGGGAAUGGGCAUGAACUCUCCAGAACUGCUGCUGCUGGUUGAAAACUGUCCCAAGGGGGCAGAGACUCUGGUCACCCGCUGUCUCCACAUACUGACUGAUAAAGUCCCUCCAUCUCCAGACCUGGUGGAGCGAGUACGGGAUCUCUAUCACAAACGAGUGCCAGAUGUGCGUUUCCUCAUCCCGGUUAUCAACGGGCUGGAAAAGAAAGAGGUGAUCCAGGCAUUGCCGAAACUCAUCAAGCUCAAUCCCAUCGUCGUCAAGGAGGUCUUUAAUCGUCUGCUUGGCACGCAACACAGUGAAGGUAGUUCCUCAGUGUCUCCUUUGACCCCCGGUGAACUCCUCAUCUCUCUCCAUAACAUCGAUUCCACCAAGUGUGACAUGAAGUCUAUAAUCAAAGCUACGAACCUGUGCUUCGGCGAGAAGAACGUGUACACAUCGGAGGUUCUGGCUGUAGUGAUGCAGCAGCUGAUGGAACAGGUUCCUCUCCCUAUGCUGCUCAUGCGGACCGUCAUCCAGUCGCUAACGAUGUACCCUCGCCUUGGCGGAUUCGUCAUGAACAUCCUGUCUCGCCUGAUUCCCAAACAGGUGUGGAAGUACCCCAAAGUGUGGGAAGGUUUCGUGAAGUGCUGCCAGCGCACCAAGCCACAGUCUUACACCGUUCUGCUGCAGCUGCCGCCCGCACAGCUAGCCAGCGUGUUCGAGCGCUGCCCAGAGAUGAGGGACCCUCUCUUACUACAUGUCCGCUCCUUUACCCCACACCAGCAAGCCCACAUUCCAUCAUCCAUCAUGGCGAUUCUGGAAGCUAACAGUAGGAUGCCAGAGCCGGAACCACCACAGCAUGAACCUGAGCACAUGAAAGUGUCAGAGGAAAGAGAGUUACACACCCAGCAGUUUGUGAGGCCCAUAACACACACUGAACCAAUAACUCCAGCGCCAGCUGUAGUGGCUCCUCCUGAGUUAGCACCUGAGUCGGUAGCCAGAAGGGAGAAAAUUGAUGAGCCCAUGGAGGAAGGAGAUGCAGAUACAGAUCGUCUAGAGAUCGCCACCGAAGCCACAACUCCACAGAUUGAAGCAGUUGAAAAUGAAUCCCAGGCCUCCCCUGUUCCCCAGGUGAAGACAGAGGAACCAAUGGAGACGACCACUACUGAGCUGGCAGAAGACCAGCCGCAAGAAGCGGUGGAGGAUAGCGGCACAGAACCUGAGACACAAGCGGACGAUCCCGAAUAAAACAAACAUGCACUGACAAAAACAUUCAAGUUCAGCAUAUAUGUAUUUAGUCUGAGGUCUAGAACCAAUAAUGUAGUUUAUUGCUUAUUAUAAUUAUUUGACUUUACUUGUUAGUACUGUUUUGUUCAACAAAAAACAUUGCUUUUGUACAUCAUUAACGAAUCAAGAGGUGAUGUCCGGAUAAUAAAUAUCUCAUUGAAUAUA